AACAUGCAGAGAGACUGAGCCGGGUAACUUCAGCUCCACCCUGACGGCGUCUAAGACGACUGUCAGAGCCUGACGCUGGUCCUGGAGGGAUGUCAGCGUCUCUACCUGCUCUCAGAUCAGCUGCCUGCUGAAUACAACCUGUCCUCACUUUAAAGGAACAUUCCCCCUCAAGCUGAGGAGAAGUUUCAUAGUCCACGAAACAAUUCUGUACACACGGAGUUGCUGGGCUCCACCAAGAGACUGAAUGUGAACUACCAGGACUCGGAUGGGUUCUCGGCCCUCCAUCAUGCUGCUCUCACAGGGACGACGGAGCUUCUGUCUGCUCUGCUGGAGGCUCAGGCCACUGUGGACGUCAAGGACAGCAACGGAAUGCGUCCGCUGCAUUACGCCGCCUGGCAGGGAAAAGCUGAGUCUGUCCUGACGCUGCUUCGCUCCGGAGCCUCGGUCAACGGCGUCUCUCUGGACGGACACAUCCCUCUGCACCUGGCCGCGCAGUACGGACACUACGACGUGUCGGAGAUGCUGCUGCAGCACCAGUCCAACCCGUGUCUGGUCAACAAGGCCAAGAAGACGCCGCUGGACCUGGCCUGUGAGUUCGGACGAGUCCAGGUGGCCCAGCUGCUGCUCAGCAGUAACAUGGUGGUGGCGCUGUUGGAAGGAGAGAGGAAGGAGCCCACGGACUCGGCCUUCACCACGCCGCUGCACCUCGCCGCCCGCAACGGACACAAAGACGUCAUACGGCUGCUGCUGAAGGCCGGCAUCGACAUCAACAAGACCACCAAGUCUGGGACGGCGCUGCACGAAGCGUCUCUGUACGGGAAGACGGAGGUGGUCCGGCUGCUGCUCGACGCCGGCGUGGACGUGAACAUCAGGAACACCUACAACCAGACGGCGCUGGACAUCGUCAACCAGUUCACCACGUCGCACGCCAGCAGGGACAUCAAGCAGCUGCUCCGAGAUGCGACGGGCGUUCUGCAGGUCCGAGCUCUGAAGGAUUACUGGAACCUCCACGACCCGACUGCCCUCAACAUCCGGGCCGGAGACGUGAUCAUGGUCCCCGGGGCCCGUAGUGACCCGUCUCGUCCCCUGCAGGUGAUGGAGCAGCACGUGGACGGACGCUGGAAGGGCCACAUCCACGACACCCAGAGAGGAACGGACCGGGUCGGCUUCUUCCCUCCGUCCAUCGUGGAGGUCAUCAGCAGGAGAAACGGGGGCACCCUGUCCCGGCACGCCUCCUUGCCCACCCACCGCCAGCAGCUGCUCUCCAGAACCCCCCUCUCCUCCAGCCUCAGCUCCGCCCCUCAGACCGACGACUCCUACACUCUGUAUGCUCCGCCCACCCACGUGGUGCUGCCGCUAGCCAACGGCCUCACGACCAGCACAGCUGGAGACAGGAACAGCGUCGGGAGCACCGGCAGCGUUGGCAGCACCCGCAGUGCCGGGAGCGGGCAGAGCACCGAGAGCACCAGCGCCCCCAACGGACUCCAGCAUCACUCUGGUCACCAUGACAACGCCAACAAGCCGGCGCCCUCUGCUGUCGACUCCGGACCCUCAGACAUCAGCUCACAGUCGGAUCAUCCUGCAGGAACCUUCUCAUCAGGUGGGACUCCUCGGAGGCAGACGGUCACGGUGCAAAGACCUGCAGAGCAAAGUUUCUCACAGCAGUUUGUUCGUCCUCAGCAGCUGCUGGAGGGGAAGGAUGCUGAGGCCAUCUAUCAGUGGCUGAGUGAGUUCCAGCUGGAGCAGUACACUGCCAACUUCAUCAGUGCUGGUUACGAUGUUCCAACCAUCAGCAGGAUGACUCCUGAGGAUCUGACGGCCAUCGGAGUGACCAAACCAGGCCACCGCAAGAAAAUCUCCAUCGAGAUCAACAACCUGAACAUCCCUGAGUGGCUGCCUGAGUACAUCCCAUCUGAUCUGGUCGAGUGGCUGAGUGCCAUCGGUCUCCCACAGUACCACAAAAAACUGGCAGAGAACGGCUAUGACUCCAUCAGCAUCGUCAAAGACCUCACAUGGGAGGAUCUGCAGGAGAUCGGGAUCACCAAGCUGGGCCACCAGAAGAAGCUGAUGCUGGCGGUGAAGAAGCUGUGUGACAUCCAGAGGGCGAUCCUACAGGCUGAAUCAGGUCAAGGCACGCUGCGGCGCAAAGCCCCCGGUGCCCUGCACCUGGUCACCAUUGAGCCUCCUGACUCAGCAGGUGAAUGCUCUUCUCCUCACACUCCGAAGAUGUUGACCUUCCAGGACAGCGAGCUGAGCGCCGAGCUGCAGACCGCCAUGUCCAGCCACUACGGAGGCUGCGAGGAAGGCUUGGCCAUCAAGAACGCAGUGGGAAUGUCCCAGAGCCAGGAGAGCAUCGACACCCGGUCCAGAGGCUCCGGACGGUCCCAGGAACCUCCCACGGUGUCCAUCAACCCCCACAGCUGGUCCCAGGAGAGCCUGGAUGGUAGCCCUGCCAAGGAGAGGAACCUCCCUGAGGGCUGGGACCAGAGGCCUCUGCAGCAGCAGCAGCUACCUAAGCAGGUACCUUUGGGCACGGCGACCGUGUUUAAGUACCCAGCAAUCCCAGCCAAACCCAAACUGCCUGGAUCUUGUGGUCCCUCACCUCAUGGCUCCCCAGCAUUGAAGGGUUUCAGCUAUCUGCAUUCACAUUGUGGCUCCACAGACCUGAGCUCAUCACCCAAGCAUGAGGACCGAACCAUGACCCUGACCCCGCCCAAGAAACGCACCCAGAGCAUGACCCGCUACGCUCUGUCGGACGGGGAGCCCGAUGAGGAUGACGAGGAGUCUGCAUUUCCUCAUGGAAACCUGUCGUCCUACGCCACCUUGACCCGCAAACCUGGUCGCAGCCAGUUGGCUCGAUUACAGUCGAGUCCAGAAAAGAAUGGCAACGUUGGACGCAGUCAGUCCUUCGCAGUGCGCGCCAGGAAAAAAGGUCCCCCUCCUCCUCCUCCGAAGAGACUGAGCUCAGUGAGCAGCACCACCAGCGGGGAGUUGAGCGACAGCAGCACCACCUCAUCCAGCGGCGGGGCGGUGACAGACAGUCCAGUGAGCGUGAGGAGCAUUGCAGCCUCUUUGGAAGGCAGGACAGACGGGAAAAGCCCUCCAGGACCUAAAACAGACCAGUUCCAGCAGGAGCCACCUCCUCCCUCCCUCAGCUCUGCUGGGCUGGACAUGAGGGAGGCCUCUGGGGUGAGGCGGAGGGUGCAGAGCGAGUGUAUUCCCUCUCAGAACAGCAUCAGCGAGCCAGAUCGAGGGGUGAAGUCUGACUCUGAGGAAGAAGACUCCAAAGGUCGUGGACUGGAGGGCUCCUCGUCCCCUCAGAACAGCUCCAGUGAGUGUAUCCCCUUCGCCGAGGAGGGUAACUUGACCAUCAAACAGAGGCCCAAAGCUCCGGGGCCACCCAGGGCUGAGGCCGUGCUGGAGCCUCCAGAGAAACCAGCAGCCAAGAGCCUGGAGGUUCCCGAGUUUAAUCUGAAGGAGUCAGACACGGUGAAGCGCAGACACAAACCCAAAGACAGGGAGCAGGGAGGAGGCUCCCCCAGCCGAGAGGGAGCCGGGGAAGCAGAGUCCAGCAGCAGCAGACCUGCUUCCCAGAGCCAGGAGGAGAUCAACCUGAGGAUCAGUGAGGCCAGUAUGGAGAGACCAGCCAGUCCGGCAACAAGUUCUCCUAUCAAACCUCCGCUCUCCCCAAAGCCUCCUGCUGUGGCCCCAAAACCAAUCCGGCACAGUCUGCUGGCAGCACAAGCAGCUGGACUCUCUCCACCCGUCUCUCCAUCCGUGACCGUCAGUGUGAUUCAAAGUGUGGCCUUCAGCUCUCCGUCCUCUCCUGCUCACGGGCCCCGAAAUCCAGCUCCAGCUCCACAGAGUCCCUCUCUGAACACAGUGAGGACGCAGGUGUGUGUGUUGGGCCCGGACCAUGUCCCAGAGUCCUCCAGCGGGGCUGUGGUGGCUCAGCAGAGGCUGGAUCAGACCAGUACUUGUUUGGAAGCAGCUCUGAAGGCUGUUGAGACAAAACUGAACCAGGAGGAAAACUCGGACAGUGGAUCGAACACCGUGAAGGCUGCGAGGACGAUCCUGGACGACAUCGGCAACAUGUUUGACGACCUGGCCGACCAGCUGGACGCCAUGUUGGACUGAAGCCUCUUCAUCACAAGCGUUGUGCUUCAGCCUCAGGAAGCGAAACAGAGGACGAGGGACAGAUUUCCCUCCGGUGUUUUAAAGCUCUGCUCUGAACACGACGGACGCUGUCAGAGGAGACGAAGUGGAACUCGUCUUGUUUCUCGGCCUGAACAUCAGCACUUACCCUCCUCUGUGCUUCCUCAUCACGGUCCUGAACUCACGUUUCUGACAGACGGUGGAUUCUGGUUACCGGAUGGAUCCGGACACUUUUUUAACCUUUGUAACGCUCGAGUCGUCGUCGUGUCUCAUCAAACAUGAACCAAACACAGAGACAGAAGUUGGACCAGUGGAUUAUUUUCAGCCCACUGAGAAGAGAAACUGCUCGGAUGAUUAUUAUGACUCUUGUUGAACACUAAUAUUAACAUGAAGUUUUAUGUUUCUGACUGAGAGCCGGAGUCCUGAUGUCACUUCCUGUCCAGCGUGUGUCUCCUUCUCAGAAACAUCGACUGAGUCUCUGACAUCUUGGUUAUUAUUUCUUCCUUUGCUGGUCGUCACGGGUCGUUUUGGUGUUUGUCAUGUUGUUUCAGGUUCAGUCCGAGUUACAGAUCCAUUUAUCAGAUACCAGAACACACACACACGUUUAUACUGUUGGAGAACGGAAUCUGCAAGUCACGCAACUUUAACAAACCAGCAGAAAUACAUUGUUAAAAGUGCUCCACUGAGUCAAAGUGGGCGAGAAUCUUAUAUUUAAACAUCAGGAUAACGCCGGUGUUUUUCAACCUGGACACUAUUUUAAAAGAUGUUUCUGUCCAGUCUGAAUUGAUAAAGUUACUGAUUCUGUGAAUGGAGUCUGGUUAGUGUUGGUUGUUCCUGGUUAAAAGUCCCCAGACUCCCUUAACAAAUGUGUCAGUUUAGUGAGUUGUUGAGUUGGAGCCACUUUAUAAACUCUGUGAAACUCUGUCUCUGACUCAUUCUGCAUUAUUUGGACCUUCUUGUUCAUUCAGCAAAUGUUCUACAUGAACUUCUUUCUGUCUCUGAGUAGAAACAUGGAGUCUGUUUGUCUCAGUGACAUUUAAGUAUCAUGUCGUUGAUCUUUAUUUAUACUCAGCGGUGAGAUUCACACAUUUUUGUGACUUUAAGAUAAAAGUUCCUUGAAGCUGCUAAAACACAGAUAUUAAUUAAACAGUUAAUAUUACAUAGUUUAAAGAUCUGUUA